UAACAAAAACGCAACUAACACACAACUAUUUAACACGGUCUAUCCUUUUAACAAGGACGUACAAAUUCAACGUACCUGCUUUCAUCUCUUGCUGUGAAAUCAAUGGAGUGAUGUAGGUAUCUGGUGGAGGACAUGAGGACAGCUUAAGCAGACUGCUUGUCUGAGUUCUAUUUCAUGCAUCAGCGACUACAAGCUCAGACACCACGAUCAGCCUUUACUGUUCAACACAGCACUGCCUCAUACUGCAUGCUUCUGGGCUGGCUGCUCUAUAAAAGGCAACUUUAACACUGAGGCAGAGAGGCCAAUGGCUCUGCAUAGCUCUGAGGGACAGAAGAGCAGAAGGUCAUCUGCAGCAUGCCUGAUGAGUCUCUGUCUGUAACCCAACUCACUGAAGGAACAAAAGGCCACAGAAGUCAUGACCUUUCAGCUGACGGGAGAGACAGAAGUUCAAAGAAAAGACUGGGAUGUGGGUAUGAUGAGUCAUUAUCAGCUAUCAAGAAGUGUCAGGAGGGGUCAAUGGACAGUCUGUAUGAGGCGGUACAGGAGUCAUGUAAGGACCAGGUUUACACCAUUCCCAACCGGUCCUGUAGCCCACAUGUGCUCCUAGAUGACCACAACAAAUGGAGGAGUGCAGGGCGAUGCAUCUCCAUGGACAUUUCACAAAUCAACACAGACAACACGAAAAAGACGAGUCGAAGCUUAUUACAGAAAUCUGUCUCUGAGACUGAAGCUCUAGAUAGGGUCUGUACUAAUUCAAUCUGGCAUGCCACCAAAGAGCAGGAAGAUUUAGUCCUCCUGAGGAACAAUCAAAAUGAAGAUUUGGUAAGAGCUCUAAGCAGGGCUGAAUAUCAAACAAUGUCAAACAGACCAACUCAGACCAUCUCGAGAAACUCACAGAGAGAUUUACCUGUUCAGACUGAGACAAAUGGAGAAAUGAUGCACCUCAAAGGAACAAGAGUGAAAAAAGUUGAGAGGAAAGGCAGUCACAGAGAAACUCCAACACAAGAGACAACAAUUAAAUGUCACAUCAAAGGUGCCAAAGGCAUGGUGCCUUUAUUAUUAGAUAUAGGGGCACAGACACAAAAGAAUUGUGCCCCUGCUGUAAGGUCAAGGGUCAUAGAGACAGCACCGUUCAGUGGACAGCGCCGAAGCAACCCUGCUGAAACAGCCCUGACCUGGGUACCAUCACACACCUCCUAUCAAACUCCAAACGUUGAAUAUCAAAUCCACAGCUAUAAAUGUACCAAAGCCUCAAGUCAAGGACAUCAAAUCAAUGUUCAGACCAUAAAGAGAGACCCAUCUCCAAAAGGAGGAAUGCAAUCCACCAACAUGGGUUUCGGUGCAUCCAAUCGAUCUACCAGUUUUGGAAGAUUUGAUGUUUUCAGACAUCAACAGUCUCCGUCUAAGCUUGAGGAAGAUGGAACAACUGCGGCAGAUGGUGAAUCGUCAGUAGAGAAUUGCGACAAACCGGGAAGUCUGGGCAAAAAGAUGAAGGCCAUCUCGUUGACUAUGCGAAAAAAGAUGGGCAAGAAAUAUGUCAAAACGUGCCAUGAGGACAUGGCUGAUGACGCUGAAGAAGCAGAGAAUGGAUCUGAAAUGGAGAAGAGCUCAGAUCAGAGCAGUAACUCCUUAGAAAGUCUAUGCAGUGGACAGAGCUCUUCCAGUGGUGUGGCAAGCAAUUCAGAUGUAUCCAGUAACAGAGACAGUCUUAAACUAGACGAGGAGGUGACCUACACAGGGCAGUUCUGUGGACGAGCCAAAGUACAUACAGACUUCGUCCCCAGCCCGUAUGACACAGACUCCCUCAAACUUAAGGUGGGUGACAUUAUCAACAUCAUUAGCAAGUCACCGAUGGGCAUAUGGACUGGUUUGCUCAACAACAAAGUGGGGAAUUUUAAAUUUAUUUAUGUGGACGUUCUGCCUGAUAAAGAGAAAGAGGAGGAGAAUGAGGAUGAGGAGGAUCCCAAAAUAAGACCAAUGAAAGUUUGCAAGAAGCCACGGCCAAAUACACUGCUGGAGUUAUUAGAGAGGCUUCAUUUAGAGGAAUACGCAUCCUCAUUACUUCUGAAUGGCUACCAGACAGUAGAUGAUCUCAAACAUCUAAAAGAAAGGCAUUUGAUUGAGCUAAAUGUGACAGAUCCAGAUCACAGACAACAGUUGCUUGCUGCGUCAGAAUGCCUGUAUGUCACAAGCAGAGACGAACAGAAAGAGAUGAAGGGCGAGCAGAAAGCAGAGGAUAAUGACUGUCUCAGAGACUCCGGUUGCUUUAUUCCUGUUGAAUGUUCUGACAAUUGAGAGACUAGUUGAAUAUAUCUCUAUUACAACUUGUAAUACACUGAUAAAGCUGCAAUCAAACUCAAAGCUUAGUUAAAUGUGCUCUGUUGUCACUAUACUUGUAUGUGUUUUGUAUUACGUUUAGAUGUACUUAAUGUUUGUAUUUACAGAUCUUGUGUUGUGUAAUAGUGUUAUUUUUUCUGUUUAAUGUCGGUUAUGUGUAUUUCAUGUGAAAUUGUAUAUAACACAAAACAUAUUAAAUUAUUUAUUCUGAAGUAA